GGCAAUUUGGCACCACUAAACAGAUAUGGAACGUGACGCUCAACUCACUUUGUUUUAACCCCUAGCUUUGUUUCUAUCCACAAUCAAGUAUCUUCCUUGCUGGCAAUGGCACCUGCAGGUGCGAGAGAUUCUUUGGGUAGUCUCUCCCUUCCCCCACGUCCUCCGCCAGCGCCCUGGACAGCCUCGAGAUGUAAUCGAAUCCUCCGACACCUCACCUCCUUCGUUAAUCGUGUCGAAAAGUGGCAUCAAAGCUUCCUUGCUGCUCAGCAGGGGGAAAGAGCGCAGGCAGAUGGCCUCCGCGAAGAUGAACAAUCAACAAGCGAAGCCUCGGACUGGUUGACUGCAAACAGCAAAUCGGGGACGAAACGACCACGGAAGAACUACUCUACACGCAGGACUACUGCUCCAAAGACGCCGCAGGCCAAGCGGAUAAAUCCUCACCGCCAGGUCAAGACACCUCGAAAUAGUGCUGAGCUUGCCCUCUCCGCCGCCUCGACCGGACAAGUUGCUGCGAUAGGCCAGCAUAACAACACUACUGAGGCGAAAGCGCGCGCAUGGCCCGACGAGACGACUCAACCUUGGGACAACAAGGUAACGGUAACGAUGUGUGAAGCCUUCUCGCACGAAUGGUCACCCGGUACUGCACACCUCGGAAAGGAGUAUGAGGACAUCCUACGUCAAGGAUGUUCCACGAUUUCGACCUUUCUAUCUGUUACAGCCGACCCUGAACUUUCGUCCGCGUGGGAUGAUUCCGAGAAGCUUGUUAGGAAACCGGGCGCACGUUCAUUGUUCGAGAUGGCCCUGAAUAAAGUCUCCAAGCAUGUGGUCGAACAGCAGAAGCAAAACGACGUCAAGAAUGAUGGCUAUAAUGGACAGCACGAUUUCAUCGGAUCGCAAUUGCAGGAAAUCGAAGAGUUCUUCGGUGACUCACAAGAAGGAUGGCAUAUGCUUAGGCAUGUAGUCCGAAGUUGUGGCAUCUACACGAUAACAUGCAUGGUCAAGAGCGGUGCCUUGUUGGAUAGCGCUGCGUUCCACCUUGCAAGCCGGUGGUGGAUUGACCCUUCCGUGCGUGACUUUCAACAUGCUAUGCGGAAGAGGUUGCUCGAGGCGCACACGCACAAUCUGGACCUGAAUGUUGGUUUCCAUCACUUGCCAGAUCAGACCUAUCUGGACGAUGUUACACACUGGGAGGACAAAGUGUUCGAUUUGCAGAUACGGAUUCUUUGGACCUUACGAGCGGUGACGGAGGCCAAUGAUCCUGUCGCGGUGAUCGAACGCUUUAUCCAUUUCAGACAACUGGCUUUCCUCGUCAUCCUGAGAGGCCUAAAGGGCGAAGGAGAAGGGCCGGGAGAUGCUGACGUAUUGUUGUUGGAGACCAUAUAUGCUGGCUCAAUGUCACUCGCUGGCAAAUCUGAUCAGCGUGUGCUUCUACGCACAGAGCGAGCUGGGUCUUCAAUGCGGCAUGGUGUGCAUUCAAGCAGCCACAACGCCCAUGUGAUGUCCGAGGCGCUGUUCAAAAGGCUGGCGUAUACACUCACCCUCAUUUGGUCUCACUGUCAUAGCGCCGUGGCUGCCCAAUACCGUCCAUUGGUUGAGAAAUUUUCCAGAAGUGCGCAAAUGUCCAUUGAGCUCGACGUGUACUCAGAGCUGUCAGAGUACCAGUGUUGUCUUGGGGCUCAGAUGUUGUUCGUGGAUAUCUGUCAGCGCUUGAUCGAUGGACUUGAGGUAUGUCAAGGCCUACUCAACAGCCUGGACACAAUCUUGACAGAGAAAGGAAAGUCAAACAUUGUUCUUGCAUUAUCUGCGUUCUAUGCGGUAAAGCAGGGGACUCAAGCUGGACAACAAAUCAUCCCGCACCUUCUGGCGCUAGAUUGUGGUCACUAUCAGGAUUUGGGCCGUUCACUUGCCGAAAUCUGUUCACUGGCAGCCAUGGCCUAUGCUGCUGCACAUCACGUGGAUGCGGGCGCAGUGCGUUGGGCUGAAGGUAUUAAUGAAGCAGUUGCUGCGAAGGUACAGCAAAGCAAUGCCAGUGGUCCACAUACCCCGUCUAGCAAAACCCUGAAGCAGUAUCAGUGGGAUGAUCAUAUUGCAGAAUGGGUUGCAAAGACACCGGUCAAUCGGCACUUCAUCCAAGCCGGCCACGAACAGAAUCAAAGGAGCUCAUCUGAUCUAAAGUCUCGACAGGCUCUUGCAGCAUUAUCGAGCAAUUCUGCUAUCGCACAUCCAGCUGGGCAGCCGCGAAAAGGUCUCGGUCGUGAGUAUGAAACUCAUAGCGAUGGUGAUUUCGUGUUCAAAAGGCCGAAGCGCAAUCUGGGAGGGGAUGAGAAUGAGAACAGCAAAAAAGAGAAAAUCAAAAGGAAAAGAUGGAGCCAUCUGGAUGACGAAUCUGAGGAUGAAUUGAGCUUGUUAGAAUAGUUGAGUAUGUUGGUGGCCGAAUAUGUAUCACUUCCCUUGCAGAGAGGAAGUGACUGUGAGCAAAGUCCGCCGUCUUGCCAAUUUGAAAGCACAGAUCCUGUGUUUCAGGAGCAGCCUGGCAUUCAAUCGAGGCUGCAGAAGAAGUCCAUGUCCCCUGGGCAUAAAUUUGUCCGACGUGAGAUGGUCCAAUCAGGGAGUGGAAUCCAGAAAUGACGAGGCUUUGGUGGCCUGCCCACAUUCCUCGAGCUCUAGGUGCUACGACCUGUCCGUCGCCAAUCGCGCCUUCCGAACCAUGCCUGUCAUCACGAUCACCCCCUCAUUAUCAUGUUGGCGGCGUACCUA